AUGGGCACGGAACUCAGCAUCAAAGAAUCAGACAUCUGCAGCAAAUGGGCGACAAAUAGCUCAAAAUCGGCACUAAUUUUACCCAUCUACUCUGUUGGAAUGUCGUCGGGGAACGUACGCUGGUCGUUUGUACUCCCUUAUCGAGGACUGUAAGUUUGAAGACAUAGGUAGUUCCGCGUGACGAUGUUUCAGCGCGUAAAACAAAUCCUCUUAGUUGGCAGGGGUUCGCAAAUGCGCAACGUUUACCGAUGUGUCGUUUUAAAGCGCCUUCUAACAGAGGUUUAUGAAGAAGACAGCGGAGCCGCUGCGACGACG